AGUCCCGCCCCCCUGACAGCGUCUCCAGCCGCCGCCGCGAGAGCAUCCUCCGCCGAGACCCGCUCGCGCCGCUGCCGCCCCGCCGCUCCGCCGCCGCCGCCUCCGCCGAGGGAAGGGAAGCGUAUCGUAUGUCCGCUAUCCAGAACCUCCAACCCUUCGACCCCUUUGCUGAUGCAAGUAAGGGUGAUGACCUGCUCCCUGCCGGCACUGAGGACUACAUCCAUAUAAGGAUCCAGCAGCGGAACGGCAGGAAGACCCUCACCACAGUCCAGGGCAUCGCGGAUGAUUACGAUAAAAAGAAACUGGUGAAAGCCUUCAAAAAGAAAUUUGCCUGCAAUGGUACUGUAAUUGAGCACCCCGAAUAUGGAGAAGUGAUUCAGUUGCAAGGUGACCAGCGCAAGAACAUAUGCCAGUUCCUCGUGGAGAUUGGACUGGCUAAAGACGACCAGCUGAAAGUCCAUGGGUUUUAAGUGCCUGUGGGUCACUGAAGCUUUAUGCAAGAAGAUUUCCUUACCAUGAAAUUCCCAUCUCUCCCUUGUCAUAAGUUUAAAACCAGCCGGUUUAUGUAAUGUAAAAAUCUUGGGUCCACUGUUCAGUCUGGACUAGUGUAAUUCAGUGAUGUAAUAAACUGACAAGAGCCCAUGCUA